GCUCCGCUCUCCGAUUCGGACUCCAUGCGGCGAAAGCUACCGAUCCACUUCUCUGGGCCCAAACGCCUCCCAGAGUCAGCUCUGCGCGACGACGCGGAACUCGAGCCCCUCCUCCCGGGAGGAAGUAGGCGGAUCCUCUCUGGAGCCACAGCUAACAAGGCUUCCCAGAACAGGACCAGAGCACUGCAGAGCCACAGCUCACCAGAAUGCAAGGAGGAGCCCGAGCCCCUCUCCCCUGAGCUAGAAUACAUUCCCAGAAAGAGGGGCAAGAACCCCAUGAAAGCCGUGGGGCUAGCCUGGUAUAGCCUGUACACCCGAACCUGGCUUGGGUACCUCUUCUACCGACAGCAGCUUCGGAGGGCUCGGAAUCGCUAUCCCAAAGGCCACUCCAAAACUCAGCCCCGCCUCUUCAAUGGAGUGAAGGUGCUUCCCAUCCCUGUCCUCUCGGACAACUACAGCUACCUCAUCAUCGACACCCAGGCUGGGCUGGCAGUGGCUGUGGACCCCUCAGACCCGAGGGCUGUGCAGGCUUCCAUUGAAAAGGAAAGAGUUAACUUGGUUGCCAUUCUCUGCACCCACAAGCACUGGGACCACAGUGGAGGGAACCGUGACCUCAGCCGGCGGCACAGGGACUGUCGAGUGUAUGGGAGCCCUCAGGAUGGUAUCCCCUACCUCACCCACCCCCUGUGUCAUCAAGAUGUGGUCAGCGUGGGACGACUUCAGAUUCGAGCCCUAGCCACCCCUGGCCACACUCAAGGCCAUCUGGUCUACCUGCUGGAUGGGGAGCCCUACAAAGGUCCUUCCUGCCUCUUCUCAGGGGACCUGCUCUUCCUCUCUGGCUGUGGACGGACCUUCGAAGGCACAGCGGAGACCAUGCUGAGCUCACUGGACACUGUGUUAGACCUGGGGGAUGACACCCUGCUGUGGCCUGGGCAUGAAUACGCAGAAGAGAACCUGGGCUUUGCAGGCGUGGUGGAGCCCGAGAACUUGGCUCGUGAGAGGAAGAUGCAGUGGGUACAGAGGCAACGGAUGGAACGCAAGAGCACAUGCCCAUCCACCCUGGGAGAGGAACGCGCCUACAACCCAUUCCUGAGAACCCAUUGCCUGGAACUACAGGAGGCUCUGGGGCCAGGGCCAGGCCCCACCAGUGAUGACGGCUGCUCCCGGGCCCAGCUCCUGGAGGAGCUGCGCCGCCUGAAGGACAUGCAUAAAAGCAAGUGAAUAAUAACCCUCGCCCACCCCAAUCCAGGGUCUCCCAGCAGAGGGGAGGCCACCCACCACCCACACUUCACCAUCCUCUUCAUCACUAAUACCACCACCACCACCACCAUUGGUGCCCUAGGCAGCACUAAUCCUCCAGACUGGCCAGGGAGGGCAGAGCCCAGGCAAUGGGACCUAGAGGAGGAAGCACUGGGAGGCUGAGACCCCACACAGUACAGGUGGUGUUUAGGGUAAGAGGAAGGAAGCAACUGAAACGUCUCCAGACUUUGCUACCUUGGAGGGUCUGCCUCCCCUCCCCCACUCAUGGACCAAUCGCCAGAUCAUGAAGGCUGCAUUUGGCUCCUGCUCCAGAGGCCACACCACCACUAGAGCCCUAGAACCCAGGAGAAGAGAGUCCUGACCAGGCUAGUCUAUCUUCCACCUUCCCCCAUGCAGGGUUGUAGGGGAAGCUCACCCCAAAAAUGAUCUAACGUGUGGUGCCUGGGAAAGUGGUCAUCAACCAGGGCAGCCAGACUCUGGGUGACUGAGACUCUAAGUCCCACCCUACCUACCUUGCUAAGACAUUGCCAGGCAGAGCCAUUCCUAAGAACACCUAAGGACUGGAAGCCUGGUUCUGGCCCAUCCCUGCCUCAGUGGAUGUCCUGAAGGCCAGAGAGAGAGGUUCCUGGUUGCCAAGGAAUCUUCUGCUUCAGGCCAGGGAGUCAAAGGAUGAUGGCACACAGAGCCACACACCACGCACAUCUGUUCUGGGUCUGCCAUUGUCCCGGGUCAUAAGGGCCUGCCUGCCUUCCCAGGGGAGAGUGAACUGUGGUCUGCCUCAGAGACCUGCUUCUCCUUUCCGCCCUUGUUCUUAGGAAUUCCUGCCUGCCUGCUGUCUCACUUAACCUCUCUUGCUCUAUCUUCACCCCCUUUCCUCUCUGAGUCAUUAAAGGCUGACUUUCUUCCAGCCUGGUACUCAUCCGGCUCUUUGCAGUUUGCCAAAAACCUUCAUUCCCACGUCAUUUCCCACUGGAUCCCAGGGCCCUCUUGUUGUCAGUGUGCAGAUAGCAGAGGUCUGGGAAUAGGAAGCUCCAGUGAGUGGCAGCUUCCAGGACCUCAGGCCUGGCCAUACCCCACUGCUCAUCCCCCUCCAGAUCUGCUUGUCCUCUGGUCUCAGGUCAAGGGCCCUUUGUGGCCACAGGAGCACUAUGGUCGUUUUGCAAGCACACCUUAGGUGAGUUAGCCAGGAGCCACAUCUUUCUGUGUCAGAGCCUUCCACUGGGCUGUGCAGUGCCCUCUGUUGUUCCUCUGAGAUGCCCCUGCCUCAGUUUCCCCUCUCAUUUGGCUUCGGCUGCCCUCUCCAGGCACAGCCUUUGGAACUCACUCUAGCAAUACCACCGGACUAGUUAGCCUUCCCGGCCCCAAGACACUCGCAGUUUCAUGCCUUUGUGCCUUUCGCUCAUGCGGUUUCUUCAGCUGGAAUGCCUUCCCGCUCCUGCCGCCUCCUCUGCCUGGCAAACACCUGUUAGCCUCUCCCAGGCCCCUCCCCCAGGAAGGCACCCUUCACCCCUCUCUUCCAGGCUACCUCUGCACCUGUAAAUGCUUCUCUCGUGGCACCUAUCACACCGUACUUUACUUGUUUACAUGUUUGUCUCCCCUUCUAGACUGUGAAUCCUUAAGGGCAUGGACUGUAUCUUAUGCAUCUCUGUAUUUCUGCGCCUAGCACGGUGCCUGGCACACAGUAGGCGCUCAAUAAAUGUUGAAUGAAUGAUUUAACCAA